AUGCACCUUUCCGCCAUUUCACGACGCAGACCUGUACCUCCGUUUGCCAACCACACGCCCAGAGCGUUCGAGUCUCAAAAGGUCGGCAAGUUACAUCAGUCUUCAGCAAUGUUCGGGCCAACCGGUAUGGCGGUCCCUGUCAUGCUGCCAGCUUCCUCAGCCAAAUCCGCAAACCCUGAUGUACCUGCGAGCGAGAGGAGCAGCGCGGGGGAUAGCGUCAGCUAUGUUAGCUCUCGGGCAGACGUAAAGUCGCAGGAAGAAACUCGUCCGACAUCCUCUGAGGUUGAUCCUGGCGAAGACAGCAGGAAUCCCUUUGUUGACAAGAUGAUGACGCAAACCAACCUUCUCGUUCUGCCUCCAUCGAAUCCAUCUUACCAGAUGGCUUACUUUCUCAAGACUACUGGACCUGUCAAGGAUCCUCCGUUUGAGGCUCAGCCUGCACACGAUGCCUCUCAGACGUCCAAGAAAACUUUGUUGCCAUCGAGGCAAAGACUACCAGAUGUUGUGGUUCCCAAGGUAUCCAAGACUGACAUCGCUAGUCUGGCGAUAGCCGAAUCCAGAGUCUCUGUCUUGGUCACAGAUCAGCUCAGUAGAGACGGUCUUCAAGAUUGGGUUCUGGGCUUCGAGGGUCCUACACCCGACAAUACUACGCAAGUGCAUGAAGGACCAGAAGCACUCAGAGGCUGGCCAAUCAAGCGUGUAUCGCAGACGCUCCCACAUGAGGAGACUAUUCGAGUCCUCAAUCGCAAAGCAGUCCCGGUGCGUCCCCUGUUCCUUGGUACAAAAGCUCGCACUGUGGCCUCGGGAGCCGACAGACACGUUCGAGUGAUACGCGGGAGAACAGCACCUCUUCGAAGCCAUCCAGUAACUCCUGGGCCAGUACCAAGCAUGCUGCCUCCAGCUCUGCCAGAGAAUAAAGUCAGCUCACCGAUGGCCGACCCAAUCAAAACGGCGGCGCUCGCGCAACCAAAUCCUAGACGAUCGAACGGAAAUCUGUUAGUGCUUCAAAGAACCUCCAGUGACGUGACUGGUCUUCGUUUGUCGCAUCUGUCCCAGGACGGUGCAAGAUCUGUCUCCAACAGCCCUGGACCCCCGCCUCCCCGCAGCCCAUUGAGAUUGUCGAUACCAUCUGAAUCCCUGGGCGAGAUGUUAGGCAAGUCGACUGCGGAAAGCAGUCCUGAUACGUACCCGAAGGCCAAGCAGCCAGUGAACGAAGAGCAAGCAAUCCGGGUGACCAAAGAGGCGGCUGUGAUAUACGCUGCUCGAGAGCAGAGGGACGACGACUUACCUUCCUUCCUUCGACCAGGCAGCAGUGGAACAAGCAAUGAUGUCUUUUGCACAAACACAAAUCAGUCGAAGGGAAGUUCUUCAAAGUCGCUUGAGCUUAUCGACGCUAUGGUCAAAGCAUCACAGCAAAACACGUCACGUCGCCGACUCCGUAGAGCUAGACCCGAAGGGCCACGGCCACUUGACUUUGGCGGUACGCAUUCACAACACUCGCUCGAGCGCGACCCGAGACCGGAUGGCUAUUGUACCAGUCCGCUUUCCAUCAAGCGUACAACCAGCAUAGGCAAUAUCUCAGAAAACUAUCGAGUCAUCGCUACCACUGCCUCGCCUUCGCCCAGGAUCAGCCAUGUACGCACAGUACCGAGCGCAAGAGGCAGAAACAGCCCGGUGCCACGGAUCAAGACAAGCAAGCGCGGUCGAGGAUCAAAGAGUGUGGUUUCGACACCUUCGCGAGCAGGCAGUCCAUCGAAGAAGAGUCGACAGUCGACCACGCCAGAACUGCCAUCACCGCCUCCUAAGAAAGGACUGCCACCCACUCCACGCGCAAAACCCGAUGGCAUCUCGAGGCCAGACGAUAGGGCAGAUGCAGGGUUAGCAAGAGCGAGCUCAACUAAAGGCUUGCCUGCACCGCCACUUGAUGAGAACGGACACAGUAUGGUAUUCCCGUCGCCACCCUCGAGUGCGAAGACAGCCAGAUUCCAAUUACAGCCAGGUGAAAGUAGUCCUGUAACGAUGGAAGCAAGGAUGGACGCACUUGAGCGUAGGAACAAGCUGUUGGAAGCCGCGCUUUCAGCGGUGCUGAAGACAGGAGGUAUGCUCAACGGUUGCCCUUGCCAGGCAUCGCACGCACCCGGUCACGGAUGUCAGNNGGAAGCUGCGACGAGCGAGACGUUGGUCGCCCGAGGAAGUGUGCGCAGCAGAGUCAGCUCUACCAGCAACGGAUCGAGCGCGCUGGAUGUAUAUCUCAACACGAGGGGAAAGUGA